AGAAGCCUACUGUGGGAGGGCACUGCUGGCGGCACUAGGCCCACACCUCUGAGUGCCUCUCCUCUCUGUCCCUCAAGAGCAGUGUCUGGACCAAGUGCUGGCCAUGUCCCAGCUGGUGGAGUGUGUCCCCAACUUCUCAGAGGGGAGAGACCAGGAGGUGAUCGGGGCCAUCUCCCAGGCCAUCUCGCAGACCCCAGGCUGUGUCCUGCUGGACGUCGACGCAGGCCUCUCCACCAACCGCACCGUCUACACCUUUGUUGGCAAGCCCGAGUGUGUGGUGGAAGGGGCCCUGAGUGCCGCCCGCACGGCCUCCCGGCUCAUUGACAUGAGCAGGCACCGAGGGGAGCACCCCCGCAUGGGCGCCCUGGACGUCUGCCCCUUCAUCCCAGUGAGGGGUGUCACCAUGGACCAGUGUGUGCUGUGUGCCCAGGCCUUCGGCCAGCGGCUGGCAGAGGAGCUGAAGGUGCCAGUGUACCUCUAUGGUGAGGCGGCACGGACAGCCAGCCGCAGAACCUUGCCGGCCAUCCGAGCGGGGGAGUACGAGGCCCUCCCUGAGAAGCUCAAGCAGGCCGAAUGGGAGCCUGACUUCGGCCCCAGCUGCUUUGUCCCCAGCUGGGGGGCCACCGUCACGGGUGCACGGAAGUUCCUCAUCGCAUUCAACAUCAACCUGCUCAGCACCAAGGAGCAGGCCCACCGCAUCGCCCUCAACCUGCGGGAGCAGGGUCGAGGACAGCACCAGCCAGGGUGUCUGAGGAAGGUGCAAGGCAUUGGCUGGUACCUGGAGGAGAGGAAUCUGGCCCAGGUGUCCACAAACCUCCUGGACUUUGAGGAGACGGGGCUGCACACAGUCUUCGAGGAGACCUGCAGAGAAGCCCAGGAGCUGAACCUCCCGGUGGUGGGCUCCCAGCUGGUGGGCCUGGUGCCUCUGAAGGCUCUGCUGGACGCGGCUGCCUUCUACUGUGACAAGGAGAACCUGUUUGUCCUGGAGGAGGAGCAACGGAUCAGGCUGGUGGCGAGCCGGCUGGGCCUGGACUCCCUGGCACCCUUCAACCCCUCAGAGAGGGUCAUUGAGUAUCUGGUCCCGGACCGGCUGGAGAAGAGCCUGUUGGACAUGUCCCUGCGCGCUUUCCUCUGCGAGGUGGGCGCCCGCUCAGCCACCCCUGGGGGCGGCUCGGUGGCAGCGGCCUCUGCAGCCAUGGGUGCAGCACUGGCCUCCAUGGUGGGCCAGAUGACCUACGGUCGGCGCCAGUUUGAGCACCUGGAUGCAGUGAUGCGGCGCCUGAUCCCGCCUUUCCAUGCAGCCCUGGCCCAGCUGACUUCACUGGUGGACACGGAUGCCCAGGCCUUUGCCACCUACCUGGAGGCCAUGAAGCUGCCCAAGAACACUCCUGAGGAGAGGGACAGGCGCACGGCUGCCCUGCAAGAGGGGCUGAGAGGUGCAGUCGCUGUGCCGCUGGCGCUGGCAGAAACAGUGUCACCGCUGUGGCCAGCGCUGCGAGAGCUGGCCCUGUGUGGGAACCUGGCCUGCCAGUCCGACCUUCAGGUGGCAGCCAAAGCCUUGGAGAUGGGUGUGUUUGGUGCGUACUUUAACGUGCUCAUCAACCUGAAGGACGUGAAGGACGAAGUGUUUAAGGACCAGGUCCGCCGGCGCGUUGCCAGCCUCCUGCAGGAAGCCAAGGCCCAGGCUGCGCUGGUGCUGGAGAGCCUGGAGGCUCGGCAGGAGUGACCGCUGGUGGGCACGAGACGGCAGGAGACCUCCCUGGACAGCACGGCCUUCAGCAGCCCUCACCUUCCUGGGGACAGAGUUCCACACGGCUCAUCCAUGUGGGGUCAGGAAACAUGGGCAGAGGCGAGCAGCAGGGCAAGGGUGUGCGCAGGCCUGUCCUGGUCUCUUGUGAACCAACAGACUGUCACUCUUGGUCACCUGUGGCCUCAAUAAAGCCUGAACUCCAAACCUA